UUCUCUUGACACUGGGAGGGGACUGUGGGGGAGUUAGGUAAUCAUUUGUCACAUCAAGGUCCUGGGGUUGUCUCUCUUUGCAGAGGAAACCUUGGCCAUGAUUGACAGCGGGGCUGUUUGGACCUGUUCCGUUGCUGUUGACAAAUAAUAAUGAAGCUUUGUCAAGCCAUAAUGGAUAUGGAUAUGCCAGAUUAUGUGGAAUCCCUGGACUCCUCUUACACCAUGCUGGAGUUUGAAAACCUGCGGGUGCUGCCACCAAACACUGACUCACACUGAAUCCUGCUCACCCCCCUGCAGAAUGGGUACCAGAUCCCUAAGGCUUGGGAAGUCACAGAUGGUUAGACGUGAUGAAGCCAUCGCCGCAGAGUCGACGAACGCCAGCCUGCAAGGCGGCAACAGCAUCAGCUCCUUGUGCUCCAUCUGCGGGGACCGCGCCACCGGGAAACAUUACGGGGCUUCCAGCUGCGAUGGCUGCAAAGGGUUCUUCCGAAGAAGCGUCCGCAAGAAUCACGUCUAUUCGUGCAGGUUCAGCCGACAGUGCGUGAUAGACAAGGACAAGAGAAACCAGUGCAGGUACUGCCGGCUGAAGAAGUGCUUCAGGGCCGGGAUGAAGAAAGAAGCUGUGCAGAAUGAACGGGACAGGAUUAGCAUUCGCAGGAGCAGCUAUGAGGACAAUGGCUCCCUGUCCAUCACGGUACUGACCCAGGCAGAGGCGAUGGCACAGCAGUACUCGGCUCUAAGUCCAGUGCAUAGUGCUGAUAUUGCGAUGAAAAAGGUUGCAACCAUCAACGAUGUGUGUGAGUCCAUGAAACAGCAGCUUUUAGCCCUUGUCGAAUGGGCGAAAUAUAUCCCAGCAUUCUGUGAGCUUCCACUGGAUGACCAGGUUGCCUUGCUAAGAGCCCAUGCAGGAGAACACCUACUCCUGGGAGUUGCUAAACGGUCACUACCCUUUACAGAUUUUCUUCUAUUAGGAAAUGAUUUCAUCAUUCCCAUGCACUGCCCAGAACUGGAAAUUGCUCGGGUAGCUAUGCGAAUCCUGGAUGAGUUGGUAAAACCCUUACGUGACAUUCAAGUCGAUGACAAUGAGUAUGCCUGCCUUAAAGCGAUCAUAUUCUUUGACCCAGAUUGUAAAGGCCUGAACGAGCCAGGGAAGGUGAAGAACAUGCGAUUCCAAGUGCAGGUCAACCUGGAGGAUUACAUCAAUGACCGGCAGUACGACUCCCGGGGGCGCUUCAGCGACAUCCUCCUCCUCCUGCCGCCUCUCCAGAGCAUCACCUGGCAAAUGAUAGAGCAGGUCCAGUUUAUGAAACUUUUUGGAGUGGCAAGGAUUGACAGCUUGCUGCAAGAAAUGCUUCUGGGAGGAACCUCUCUGGAUGUACAGUACCAAUCAGGGCCUUCUAACCUCGGCCUGGAACCUCUGUCGGGACACAUGGUUUUACCCAACAUGAGUUCUGUGAUUCACGCAGUCCCAGACCCAUCUCCGGACACAUCCCUUCCUUCUCCUUCCACCAGCACAGGAAGCGAAGACUAUAAACUAGGCCCAACACCAGGGCCAGAGGCCAUUGUGAAAAUACUGCCCCAGACCAUCGUACCCAAGCAAGAGAUUUUAUAAGGGGCAAGCAAAAGAAGGCAACAGCCAUAUCCAGCAUCCCUGUGUAAAGUUAACCAGCCCUGCUUUCUACCAUGGCAAUGCCCAGCAAUUGGCACUGCUUAUAAUGAUAUUGCAUGAUGACACCCUCUUACUUGUCAGUGAUUAAAAUAGCACCGUCAUUAGACUCUGAUGCACCACUGUUCUCUGUCAUCAUCCUCUUUACUGGAACAGCUUGGACUUGAAGCUGUUAUUCAUUUUAGAAGAACCAAGACUACAAGCUCCUUACUUCAUGUUUGUAUACCACCCAGCACAGAGGGGCCUUGACAACAGAAAUAUAAAUAAGUAUCUCAUUAGCGACUGUUGAUGGCUAAUGGGCAUGCUAAUGACCUCAAACUGGCAACACGUGGGCUGUUUCUCUUAAAAGUUGUAGUCCACUCCCAUCCCUCCUGCUGUCCUUCAAGCUUAAUCUAGAAAGCCUGUCCAAAGCAUAGAUUGGAGGUGCUCUUCAUAAUCUAUGAGACUACACCCUCCUUAUGCCACACAGACUUGGAAUUGUACAAGAUUAUGAUGCUGUUAUGUACAAACACAGAAAGCUGCAGUCCCAGACCUUAAAUUUAGACUCAGCCAUGCUUAGGAAUGUCACCAUUUCAAGAAUGGUGUUACAGCUCAAUAGUUGAUAAACAUCAAGGGUAAAAGUGUUCUUUAUUCGAAUAUAAGCAUUGUGUACUAUGCAGGAGCCAGUACGUGUUUAUAUAUCUGGAACCCAGCUAUUGCAUUGCUGUACUUCUAUUACUUCUUUUAUAAAUCUGAUGUGUUGCUGUGAAACUAUAGGCAGGAGAUUUGAUCAUAUUGAUAUUGUAGGUAAUUCUUGAGAAUGAUGCAACUGCUAAUAAAGAACCAUCUUAGAAGAGUGAAUUAACAAAAUCAGCUUGUCAAAAUAUUUUCUUGUACUAUGCACCUGCAAGCAUCUUUGCUACACGAAGCUGCAGCAGAACUUCAUCUGCAUGAUAUGGAAAGUCUCGUGACGUUUUAAGAUUGUCACUUGGAUCUGUCAAUGAACUAUGUGUUUUGAAAAAAAACAAACUAUGCUUUUACAUCAUUGGGCAUUGCUGCACUUAAUUUGUCAUUCCUAAAUUAGCCAAGCUUCAAGUACUCUGAAUAAAAUUAUACAAUAAGCAUUCUUGAAUAGCAGCCAAACACCACCUUAGUUGGCUGCCUAAAUUGAUCAACAGAACACUAAAUACAACUAACCCAAACACUUUUGGUUUUUACACAGACAAGAGUUCCCUGAACUUUUAACAUGCCUUUGAAGGAAUGGGCCCUCAGUUGGAAAGAAUGAAAUUAUUAGUAUUGCUGUCUUCCAACAGCAGCUGUUUCUCCCACUUCUGUGAUUUGUGUCUUUCCUAGAUCUUGCCCAAAGAGGGGACACACUUAAGGGUUGAAUUUCAGCUCCAAACCUAAUUUGUAAUAUAUCAGUUGUGACCAUUUUGUUCCACAAACAUAAACUGUGAAAUUGGCGCACAUGCCAAUAAACUAGAAGAAUAUUUUGAUUUUAACAGCCCCAAUCUAGCAAACAAGCCUAACCAACCAACCUUUCAAUAUGGGUGCAAACAUAGCAUUAUAUACUUCCAUUCUCCCUAGUGCCCAUGUACUCUACCUGGAUUUGCACAAACAACGCAGCUAAAUCUAAAUCUAUCAAGUGAGUAAAUUCCAUUCUUUGAAGAUUAUACAUUACCAUAGUAACAAACAAAAUUCAGCUGGAAAGGAUCCACAUUCUGAUUUGCUUUGUUUUCGUGAAUCGUUUUAAUGUCAUGAUGCUCAAGUUUCUACAUUGAUUUUCCUGAGCAUAUGCUUUUUCUGAAGAUUUUCAUCCUAAACAUAUAAAGGUUAGAAAAACAAACUGAUAUUUGUGUAAUAUAUCCCAACCUGUUUAACUGGACAAAGCCACACAGCCAGGCUAUCGCUUUUAAGUAUUGUGUAGUUAGCACUUUAUGUGAAAAGAAUAUUUUGCUACAGCAACAUAUUGAUUUUUGAUCUUGUAAAUACAUUUAAACAAGGUAUCACAUUAAAUCUGUUAGCAACUCAUAACUAAGAGUGUGUUAUUUGUAAAAAAAACAAAAAACCAGCCAGAAACACCCACUACUCAAGGUUGUAAUUAUUUUUCAAAAGGAAAUACUCUUUGACCUUUCCUGCCCCCCACAGAUGCAGCCCUGACAAAGAAAAUCACGAAUGUAUUUGUUAAGGUGUAUUAAAAUAUAUUGCUGGAAGUUGUUCUAGUAUUUGCUGUAUUAGAUUUCUGGAUUUUCUUUUUUAAAUAAAGAUGCAAGAAUGUGUAUUUUGAGACCUUUCAGUAGGUUGACAGUACAGGCAGUCCCCGGGUUAUGUACAAGAUAGGGACUGUAGGU